CCGAGGAGCUCAAAUAUGAACGAGAUUCGAGCACGGACGGGAUCGACAUUUUGCCCAGCUCCUCGAAGUCCCGACGCUGUCCUACUUCCUUCAAGCAGUCCUUGGAAGGAGCAACACGCGCUCGCUGCUUCCUGUCCGACGCCCCGAAGGAAGCGGCUCCUCACGCGAUCAGAAAACCCAGUCCCUUUCAACAUCGCAACAUCUAAUUAUUUUCUGCAAUUUACGCGGACUGGCGAGGCUAAAUUCAUCUACUGCAUUGAAAAAAUGAGUUUGACAGUAGAAGCUUCCAAACUCCUAGAUUUCAACCAGAAACUAGACAUACCCCUUCUAGAUAAUGUAAUUGGGUGUAUGUACAAUGGUAUCGGAGAACAGCAAAGGAUAGCCCAAGAGGUUCUCACUACACUGAAAGAACAUCCAGAUGCUUGGACACGGGUUGAUGCUAUUCUGGAGUAUUCCCAGAACCAACAGACAAAGUACUAUGCACUACAGAUCUUGGAACAGGUCAUCAAUACAAGAUGGAAGGUGCUUCCUCGUGAUCAAUGUGAAGGUAUAAAAAAAUAUAUCGUCAAUGUCAUCAUCAAAUUGUCGAGCACACCAGAGUCCCUGGAAAGGGAAAAGGUUUACUUGAAUAAACUCAACAUGAUUCUGGUACAGAUUCUGAAGCGCGAGUGGCCCAAGAACUGGCAGUCAUUUAUCCCUGAUAUCGUUGGGGCGAGUAAAACAAACGAGUCCAUGUGCCAAAACAACAUGGUGAUCCUAAAAUUACUAUCAGAAGAAGUGUUUGACUUCUCGACCGGUCAGAUGACUCAGACCAAAGCAAAGCAUCUGAAGGAUACCAUGUGUUCGGAGUUUCAACAGGUUUUCCUUUUGUGCUUGUUUGUUAUGGAGAACUCUCAGAAUCCAACACUAGUCAGUGCGACUCUGGAGACCCUUCUCAGAUUCUUGAAUUGGAUUCCACUUGGUUAUAUCUUCGAAACGAAGCUCAUUAGCACCCUUAUAUACAAGUUCUUAGGCCUUCCACUUUUCCGAAAUGUGACCCUAAAGUGUCUGACAGAAAUUGCUGGCGUUGCAGUACCUUCAUAUGAUGAAUCAUACAUUUUGAUGUUCUCACAGACCAUCACAAAAUUGGAAGAGAUGCUGCCACUUGACACAAAUAUCAGAGAAGCUUAUGCUAAUGGCCAAGAUGCAGAACAACAGUUUAUACAAAACUUAGCUCUCUUUCUCUGCACUUUCCUCAAAGAGAGAGGUUCAUUGGUAGAGAGGAGACAACUCAGUGAUGCCUUACUCAAGGCCCUUCAGUACCUGAUCUUGAUCUCUGAAGUAGAUGAUACAGAAAUCUUUAAAAUUUGUCUAGAGUACUGGAAUGCUCUAGCCUCAGACCUGUACCGAGAAUCCCCGUUCCUACCUCCCACUGGAUCUUCUCCUCUUUAUCUACCAAGACCCACCUCUAGACGGCAAUUUUAUCAACCUAUUCUCACUAAGGUGAGAGCUCUGAUGAUCAGCCGAAUGGCCAAGCCUGAAGAGGUGUUGGUGGUGGAAAAUGAGCAGGGUGAAGUUGUGAGAGAGUUCAUGCGUGAUACUGACUCCAUCAACAUGUACAAGAACAUGCGUGAAACACUAGUUUAUCUCACACAUUUGGAUUAUGCGGAUACUGAACGUAUUAUGACAGAAAAGCUAGGCAACCAGGUGAAUGGCAGCGAGUGGUCGUGGCGCAACCUGAACACACUCUGCUGGGCGGUGGGCUCUAUCAGUGGUGCUAUGCCAGAAGAAGAUGAAAAGCGAUUCUUGGUUAUUGUUAUCAAAGAUCUCUUGGGUCUCUGUGAGCAAAAGAGAGGCAAAGAUAACAAAGCCAUCAUUGCUUCAAAUAUCAUGUACAUUGUGGGACAGUACCCAAGAUUCCUUCGCAUACAUUGGCGCUUCCUCAAGACUGUCAUCAACAAACUUUUUGAGUUCAUGCAUGAAACUCAUGAUGGUGUUCAAGACAUGGCUUGUGAUACCUUUAUCAAGAUUGCACAAAAAUGCAGGCGUCAGUUUGUGCAAAUGCAAGUUGGGGAAGCUAUGCCAUUCAUUGAGGAAAUCUUAUCUUCCAUUAAUUCUAUUAUCUGUGACCUACAGCCUCAGCAGGUGCACACAUUCUAUGAAGCGGUGGGUUACAUGAUAAGUGCCCAAACUGACCAGGUUGUUCAAGAACACCUAAUUGAGAAAUAUAUGAUGCUACCAAACCAAGUCUGGGAUGAAAUCAUAAAUCAGGCAUCUAGGAAUGUGGACAUCUUGAAGGAUUCAGAUGUUGUUAAACAGUUGGCAAACAUUUUGAAGACCAAUGUCAGAGCAUGCAAAGCUCUGGGACAUCCAUUUGUGACACAGCUUGGGAGAAUCUAUUUGGAUAUGCUGAAUGUGUACAAGGUCAUGAGUGAAAACAUUAGUGCAGCUAUUGCCCUCAAUGGGGAAGGGGUCACUAAACAGCCCCUCAUCAAAUCCAUGCGGGUUGUGAAGAAGGAGACCUUAAAGCUUAUAUCUGGCUGGGUGUCCCGGUCAGAGGAUCACACACUGGUGUUGGAUAACUUCAUUCCCCCUCUGCUGGAAGCUGUUCUUCUCGAUUACCAGCGAACGGGAGUGCCAUCUGCUCGAGAACCUGAAGUUUUGUCAACUAUGGCUACAAUUGUCAAUAAAUUAGAGUCACACAUCACUCUCCAAGUUCCUCAGAUCUUUGAUGCCGUCUUCGAGUGUACAUUAUCAAUGAUCAACAAAGAUUUUGAGGAAUUCCCUGAGCACAGAACAAACUUCUUCCUUCUCUUACAGGCGGUGAAUACACAUUGCUUCACUGCACUCCUCAAUAUCCCCCCAGCACAGUUCAAACUAGUAUUGGACUCCAUAAUAUGGGCAUUCAAACACACAAUGAGAAAUGUUGCCGACACAGGCUUACAAAUUCUUUACCAGCUGCUGCAGAACAUUUCAACUCACGAACGGGCAGCAAGCAGUUUCUACCAGACUUACUAUACAGAUAUUUUGCAGCAUAUUUUCUCAGUUGUCACAGAUUCUUCUCACACAGCUGGGGUUUUAACAGUCCCGCCCACCGAGGCCCGGCGCUGCGGCUGCGGCUGGGCUCUGCGGCCGCCCUUGCAUGACUGCGGCCAAUUCACGUGCCGCUGA